GCGAGAACUCACUGAAAAUCGUGAAAACACGCGGAUUGCGUUUGGAGCUGUGCAAUUCUGUGUGGCAGGAUAAUACUAUGGAUUUCAACUCAUCGAUUACACCAGGAUUUUGCCCAGAUUGUGGUUCCAUACUUCCCUUGCUUCGGAUGACAGGAAGCGUGACAUGUUACAACUGCCACAACAACUAUAAUGAAGCAGUUUUCGGAACCAUGGAGGUAGAAUAUACAAUCCAUUUCAACUCGUACGAAAACAAAAAAUCCGAUCAGCAUCAGGGCCCGGCCGAGGAAGAAGCCGAAGGUCCGAUUGUGUCGCGUAAGUGUCCCAAAUGUAGUAACGAUAAGAUGUCCUACGCAACCCUGCAGCUGCGAUCGGCGGAUGAAGGUCAGACCGUGUUCUUCACGUGCACCAAGUGCAAGUUUAAAGAAUCAGAAAACUCGUAGAAGGGAGCAUACAGGGGCAGUAUAUUAUUUGUUGUAGAUAAAAUAAAUAAAUUUUCGUCAAUUUUCCUCAUUUUCCGGAAGA